AGAAUCCCAGAUACGAAGAUGGUCGCUGGAGUGUCAGCUAGACAUGAAGCUCUCCGCCACUCACCGACGAAGCUUAUUUUCGAAGUAGCAUACGCAGGUAUUCGAGAGCGUUUUCUUCCGGUAACAACAGAGACUUGGCAAACAAUAUCUUCUCACUUGGAGGCGUUAUCUUCGUACCUCUGCUCGAUCACCUGCUCGCCCGAGCUUCAGGCAGUACGAAGAAUCCGUGCUCAUUCGGCGCGUCCACGUUCUUCGACUUAUUCGAGUAAGUGAUGUCGACAACCGUUCCAGGCAACGCCCGCUUGACAUCACGCCCUUCAGCGUCGCGUAUAUUACGCAUCACGCCAUGGAUCAUACCAGCCACGAAGUGCUGCUUGGCUGCCAACUUGCCACUCUUUACCAGCACAUGCAAUAUGGCUCCACGACAAUACGACUAAUCGUAAUGCUGUUACUGGGAACUUUUGCGAUGUAGUUCAAUGAUUAUCUCUCAGAAGUACCUGACAAGUGGCAACACGCGAGGUCUUGCUGAGUAGUUAUCCACGUUGAAGAAGCUGAUGACGAAAUGAUUCGUGAGAACAUCUCCAUCAACUGUUAUUUUGAAUUCUGGUGAGCGAAUCAGGGCUGUCAGCAUUUACAACGAUAGACCUGGCGAGUUGGUACGAGCGUAGAAAGCCGUUAUCCCGUCGAAAUACGGUAUAACUUGAGUGCUGUAUUGUACGGAUACAGACUGCGCUACUGGGCAUUAACAAGAUGUCAUCACCAUCGCGAUCACUGGCAAAUGCAGGCAAAUCUGGCAACAGAAAGCGAUGUUCGUGGCAUUUUGCGUGCUUUUAUGAACGGAUUGAGGGGAUUACUGCUUUUGUGCAGACGUGAUUCUGAAGACGCCGAUACAACCAGUUACCAAACACGCCACAGAAAAACUUAACCGCUGAUCCAUCACUUCGUUUGCGUUGCACUUCACUCUCUCAUUUGGUGAGACGAGAAACGUGGGAAAGUGUUCAUGCGUUUGGCCAGAGUUCAUCGUACGGCAGUUAGGUUGAAGCUGUCGACCUUCAGUGCUCAUUCUUCAUUUCUCGAUGCGAGAUAAAAGACUGUGGACUGAGAACGAGGCGAUCGCGCUUGUGCGCGCGAACGGUCGAGUGGUGGACUACCCACCCAGUGACCGUAGUCAACCAGCGUCAUUCCGACUGUAUGCAGAGUUUAUUAGGUGCAACGGGGAGCGGACGACGCGAACUGAGAAUGUGGUAUUCCUUAAGGACAAAGCUUUAUGGGCAAGCAGCUGGAGAGUCUUCCAGUUCGACGAAGUGCAGCAGUCCCGUGGCGAGCAUACGUGGUUCCAGUUGACUCGGAUGGAGAAACUGCAGCAAUGGCAGGCGAUGGGCCGUCCAAAGGGGAUCAAGAGCCUGACCGAGCCUAUCUACAAGAGUUUUUGUGAGUUCUGUUCAAGCCGAGCGGCUGAACCAAGCUCGCACGAGCCAUCGCAGCAGAAACCUUGCGUCGAAGGCAGUAAGCUGAAACACGAGCAGCAGGACGCACGCAAGACUAUUCCGAAGCGCGUGGACAAGGGCUACAUGAAGGCAGAGAGGCACGUCCGGCUACGCCAAGCUCCUCGAAGGCGUGCUGAAUAAGCAAUGGGACCAGUUCGAAGAGAUUGAUCAAGUGACCCGUGCAGAUGACACCCGCGAGACGCGGCUAAUGAACGAGGCCGUCCGUGCUGGAAUGAUCCAGAUGGAAAAUAUGCUAAGCCGCCAAGGAGAGUGAUUGAUUAGCGACCUAGAGUACAGGGACAUGCAUAGAACGCAAGACUGGCACCAGUUGUUGCGGCACCUUGCCGAAGUAAGAGACAAGUAGCUAGCGUUAUGGUUCAAUCUGAAACAAUUAUAUUGAG